AUCUAUUACAGAGGUCCAGUUCAUAUUGCAGGAUCUCAUGGAGUGAGCCUCAAUUUACAUCCCAGCACUUCACAGUGCACUAUUGAAUCACUGCAAUACUAGUGUUCGACAGAUCAUGAAGUUACAACUCCCCAAUCCAGGCCUGGAGGACAGGAUACUGUCCCAUCAGCAGCUGGACAAACUGGAGAAGGAUGAGGCUGGAGACAGACCAAAAUGGGACAACAAGACCCAGUACAUGUUGACCUGUGUUGGGUUUUGUGUGGGACUUGGAAAUGUCUGGCGGUUCCCCUACUUGUGUCAGAGUCAUGGAGGAGGAGCAUUUAUGAUACCAUUUUUGAUCCUGCUGGUCCUUGAAGGAAUCCCACUUCUGCAUCUUGAGUUUGCUAUUGGUCAACGUUUAAGAAGAGGCAGUUUGGGAGUGUGGGCUACAAUUCAUCCCUAUUUGACUGGCAUUGGUAUUGCAUCUAUGUGUGUAUCACUGACGAUCAGUCUCUACUACAACACCAUUAUGGCCUGGAUUCUGUGGUACUUCUUUAAUUCAUUUCAAGAGCCUCUGCCUUGGAGCCAAUGUCCCAUGAAUGCCAAUUUAACAGGCAUUGUCUCGGAGUGUGAGAGGAGCUCCCCUGUGGAUUAUUUCUGGUACAGAGAGACUCUGAACACAACUCCAGCGAUUGAAGAAGACGGUGGUCUGCAGUGGUGGAUACUGUUAUGUCACAUAUGUGCGUGGUCUGUGCUCUAUAUCUGCAUCAUUCGUGGUAUUGAGACCACUGGGAAGGCUGUGUAUGUGACUUCGACCCUUCCUUACGUGGUGCUGACAAUUUUUCUGAUCAGAGGGUUGACCCUGAAGGGCUCUUUGAAUGGAGUUAAGUUUCUCUUCACACCAGACUUAACAGAGCUGGCUAAGCCAUCAACAUGGCUCGAUGCAGGUGCUCAAGUUUUCUAUUCCUUCUCUCUGGCUUUUGGUGGUCUUAUUUCCUUCUCCAGCUAUAACUCAGUGCAUAACAACUGUGAACAGGAUGCAGUGAUCAUCUCUAUCAUCAACGGUAUCACCUCCGUCUAUGCGGCAACUGUCAUUUACACCAUAAUCGGUUUCAGAGCAACAGAGAGAUUUGACAACUGUCUUUCUGGAAACAUCCUAGCAUUACUAAAUGUGUUUGAGCUUCCUGAGGGCAACAUCACUGACAGCAACUACAAUCAGGUUGUUCAGCGUCUUAAUGCAACACACCCUGAGGUUUUUCAACAGCUAGAUCUUAAGUCCUGCAACUUAAAUACUUUUCUCAGUGAGGGAGUUGAAGGAACUGGUUUAGCCUUCAUUGUGUUCACUGAAGCUAUCACCAAGAUGCCCCUCUCACCGUUGUGGGCCGUCCUUUUCUUCAUAAUGCUCUUCUGUCUCGGCCUGUCUUCUAUGUUUGGUAACAUUGAGGGAGUUCUAGUACCACUGCAAGACCUCAAUGUCUUCCCUAAGACAUGGCCAAAAGAGGUUGUCACUGGUGUAACGUGCAUGCUCUGCUGUCUGGUGGGUCUGAUAUUUAUCCAAGGCUCAGGAAGCUAUUGGCUUUCACUCUUUGACACCUAUGGAGGAUCCAUCCCUCUGCUAGUUGUUGCAUUCUGCGAGAUGAUCUCAGUGGUGUACAUAUAUGGGAUAGACAGGUUCAAUGAUGAUAUUAAGUUCAUGAUUGGACACAAACCCAACUUCUUCUGGCAGGCGUCAUGGAGAGUCAUCAGCCCACUCAUAAUGUUUAUCAUCUUGGUCUUUUACUUCGUCACUAAAGUUUCUGAAAAGAUCGUUUACAAAGCCUGGAAUCCUGAAUCGAAUACAUUCCCCACACUCGAAGAAAAGCCAUAUCCAGGCUGGAUCUAUGCGAUCAUCUUCAUAUUGGCAGGGAUACCCAGUCUUGCUGUGCCUUUAGUUUGUGUCUGGAAAUGCUUAAAGUCAAAGAAGAGGGAUAAGCCCCAUCUCGAUAAUAUCUCUGACCAAAUUCAAAUGAACAAUGAGAGCAAAAAAUCCACAGCCUAAUAUUGUGGUAAAAUCCCCAAUGUUCUAUUUUUCUCUUUUUCAAGAACAUUUAAGUGGUUGCUAUCAUGGUUUAAUCAACGCAAUUUUAAAGUAGAAGGCAUAGCUUUUCUGAACAGAGCUCCCUGUUUCCUCAGUCACCUGUGACAGCGCUGAUUCACUUC